AUGCCAUGUGCUCAGGGGAACUGGAUGGCAAAGCUCUCUAUGGUGGCCCAGCUUCUUAACUUUGGGGCUUUUUGCCAUGGGAGACAAGCUCAGCCCUGGCCGGUUCGCUUCCCAGACCCGAAGCAAGAACAUUUUAUCAAGUCCCUGCCAGAAUACCACAUAGUGAGUCCUGUCCAAGUAGAUGCCAGUGGCCAUUUUCUGUCCUAUGGCCUGCAUCACCCUGUCACUGGCAGCAGGAAGAAGAGAGCUGCAGGUGGUUCUGGGGACCAGGUGUACUACAGAAUUUCACACGAAGAAAAAGACCUGAUUUUCAAUCUGACAGUCAACUGGGACUUUCUUUCCAAUGGCUAUGUCGUGGAGAGGAGAUAUGGGAACCUUUCCCAUGUGAAGAUGGUGGCUUCCUCAGGGCAGCCCUGCCAUCUCAGGGGCACAGUUCUGCAGCAGGGCACCACAAUCGGGAUGGGGACAGCAGCUCUUAGUGCCUGCCAAGGACUGACUGGAUUUUUCCAUCUACCACAUGGAGACUUUUUCAUUGAGCCUGUUAAAAAGCAUCCGCUGACCGAGGAAGGUUUCCAGCCUCAUGUCAUAUACAGGAGGCAGAGCUACAGAGUUCCAGAGACAAAGGAGCCCACCUGCGGAUUAAAGGACAGCCUUGAUAACUCUGUGAAGCAAGAGCUACAGCGGGAGAAGUGGGAGAGGAAGAACUGGCCAAGCAGAAGCCUCUCCCGACGCUCCAUAAGCAAGGAGAGAUGGGUGGAGACCCUCGUGGUAGCCGACACGAAGAUGGUAGAGUACCAUGGAAGUGAGAACGUGGAGUCGUACAUCCUCACUAUCAUGAAUAUGGUCACUGGGUUGUUUCAUAACCCAAGCAUUGGAAACGCAGUGCACAUUGUUGUGGUUCGGCUCAUUUUACUUGAAGAAGAGGAGCAAGGAUUGAAAAUAGUUCACCAUGCAGAGAAGACACUGUCCAGCUUCUGCAAGUGGCAGAAGAGCAUCAAUCCCAAGAGUGACCUCAACCCUGUCCAUCAUGAUGUGGCUGUCCUUAUCACCAGAAAGGACAUCUGUGCUGGUGUCAAUCGCCCUUGUGAGACUCUGGGGCUGUCCCAGCUGUCAGGAAUGUGCCAGCCUCACAGGAGCUGUAACAUCAACGAAGACUCCGGUCUCCCCCUGGCUUUCACCAUUGCGCAUGAACUUGGGCACAGCUUCGGCAUCCAACAUGAUGGGAAGGAAAAUGACUGCGAGCCCGUGGGCAGACACCCAUACAUCAUGUCCCAACAAAUUCAAUAUGACCCAACUCCACUGACAUGGUCGAAAUGUAGCAAGGAGUACAUCACUCGCUUCUUGGACCGAGGCAGAGGGUUCUGUCUUGACGAUGUCCCCAGAAAGAAAGGCUUAAAGUCCAAUGUCAUUGCCCCUGGAGUAAUUUAUGAUGUUCAUCACCAGUGCCAGCUCCAAUACGGCCCAAAUGCUACAUUCUGCCAGGAAGUGGAAAAUGUUUGCCAGACACUGUGGUGCUCAGUGAAAGGCUUCUGUCGCUCUAAGCUGGAUGCUGCUGCAGAUGGGACGCGUUGUGGUGAGAAGAAGUGGUGUAUGGCUGGAAAGUGUAUCACAGUGGGGAAGAAACCAGAGAGCAUCCCUGGAGGCUGGGGACGCUGGUCACCCUGGUCACACUGUUCGAGGACAUGUGGGGCAGGAGCUCAGAGCGCAGAGAGGCUCUGCAACAACCCAGAACCAAAGUUUGGAGGGAAAUACUGCACCGGAGAAAGAAAACGCUAUCGCUUAUGCAAUGUCCACCCCUGCCGCUCAGACACUCCAACUUUCCGACAGAUGCAGUGCAGUGAAUUUGACACAGUCCCCUACAAAAACCAAUUCUACCGCUGGUUCCCAGUGUUUAAUCCAGCACAUCCUUGUGAGCUGUACUGCAGACCCAUAGAUGAACAGUUUUCUGAGAGAAUGCUGGAAGCCGUCAUUGAUGGCACCCCGUGCUUUGAAGGUGGCAACAGCAGAAAUGUCUGUAUUAAUGGCAUAUGUAAGGUAUUGGAGAAGGGGAAGCCUCGCUUCCCGUUUUUCCCACCUCAGGUACCACCUUACUCCAGGACUUUCUGUCCCAGCAGGGCCAAGCACCUCCAAGCACCUCCUCUCCCACUGAAGCCCACACUGCCAGUCCAGAGACAGCAUACUUCACCUAUGCAGUUCAUAGAGGAUGUCAGCCAAGAAAUCUGGCAAGACUGUGUCAAAUUGUUCCUACAAUCUGAGAUGUGCAGUGAUGCAGCAGUUAUUGCCAAUUGUCCACCCUGGUUAUUAGCUUCUUCUACUGAAGGGAACUUUAUUCAGAUGACCCAGGAAGAAGUUCAGACCUUGCUGACAAGAGAGGGUAGAGAAAAGCUGUUUCUCCAAGGAGUCACCCUUGCUGGAAUCAAAUGCCUGUUGAUCCGAGACAACUUGUUCACCCAUGGCAAUAACAGCAUGGACCUCCGUACCAAAGGCCAAAGUCGAGGUAGCCAGGCAGUGACUGUAGUUCAGAUGGAGUCUGUGUAUCUUGUGGUGAUGGGAAAGAAGGGGACAGAAGGAGGACCUCUCAACCUCAAAGCUUUUGAGAUAGCAGGCUACGUGAGAGAGGCCAUUCUUCAAAAAAUGGCUCAUUGCUAA